CUUCUACAUUACCAAUUGUAGACGUCCCCGUACGGCUUGCUGACCACGAAUUCAGAGUACCUGAAAGUAAGAUUUUUUGGCCGCGCGCGGCGCCACACCGCUCGCACCGCGUACGGCCGCCCUUCCGCCUCAGUUGCUUUUUCGUGCGUGCACGCUGCACACGUAUAGUGAGUUUAACCUAGAAAAGUAAAGUAAGAUGCCCAAAAAAUCGAAGAGAGAAAGAGAGCCUGAGGAGAGGUUGGAAAGGCUCCUCAAGAAAGUUAGAAAGUUGAAUGCUGAGGUGGAAAACGUUAAGACUGGCCUAAAUAAGGACGAGGACGGCGGAAAUAAAUCUCCAUUGGGUGAUGAAAAUGCUUCGCCAAACACCAACAAUGGCGUACUGCAGUCACCGCCUCCCAGAGAUCCGUUGUCUCCUGAGGGCACCGAAAGCGAGGGAAAAACUAUCGAAGAGGAGGAUGACGAAACUAUCGACGAUGAUAAUUGGAAUAAAAUAAUUGGUGAGGACCCUUCUUCUGCAAAAGGUGAAAAACUCUCCGUAAAGAAAGAUUUAUUAAAGAUAUGGCAAUUUCUCUGUCGCGAUGGCAUGUCAAAAGAAAAGGAAGAGGCCUUGAUUGAAAAAUAUCAGACCUUAGAGGAACUGGCUCCACCCGACUUGAACCCACAGCUAGACAGCAUUUUGAAAGAGACAGCUAAAAAGCGAGACAAAUACAUGUUAGCCGUUCAAAAAACAGCUGCACAAGGACUCUCCAUAAUUGGUUCGAUUAUGACCAAUAUUUAUAACAACGCAGCAGAAGGAAUGGAUAUUGAGGACGUUCUGUCGCCUCUGAAGGAAGCCGGAGAUUUGCUGUGCCUUAUUAUUAAUAAGCAAUCCAAAAACCGGAAAGCGUUUAUAGAACCUGGAUUAGCUAAAGACAGCGCACAGAUUUUGAAAAAUACAAAAAUUGAUGAAUUUUUGUACGGGAAAGAUCUGUCUUCCAAAAUUAAAGAAACCAAAGCUCUGUCAAAAGAAGGGCAAGAAUUUGCCAAGCCAGUGGUACCUUCUAAGAAUUUAAACACGAAAUCCCCGAACGUUGGACGUCGAGUUGCGGGGAAUACAUUUAUCGGAGGACGUCCGAAACAACAGCUGUUCUUCAGAAACAGCCAACAAUUUGUGAACAACAGGGGUCGAUCAUCUCGAGGGCGCGGAGGCAGACAAGCACCGUACAGUCCGAACCAACGAACGAGCCAAUAAAUAAUUAUACAACACCCGAGAGCACAACACCUGGCUUUAAUGGUGUGCAUUGUAUCCGGGAAGCAUUUAUAAACAAGAACAUCACAAAU